AUGCAGUCAUACGGAUACACAGUGUCGGACGAUCCUCAGGCUCUAGCACUCGUUCCUUGCCCUUUCGCGGCUAUCCCAAAUCCAACCAGUCCAAUUACAGCUCUAAUAACUAAUCCCAUCAUCAGCGAUCCACUCGUUAUCGACACUCCAGCCAUGAAGCUCGCAAGUGUAAUAGUCUUCUCUUCCUCCCUUCUGGGUAUGGCUUCAGCAGGUUACCUGGUUAAGAAGGUGCCUGCAAAAGUGAUACCGCAAGUAAAACCAAGGGACCCAAUCUUCGGAAAACGUGGGUGCGACAACAGCCAGUGUCCUCCACCCGGCGAUCAGGGGUGUUUUACCUCAACCAGGCACACCCUCGAGUGCGGCAAUGGCAACGACGAAUGCUGGAUUAUUCCACGUGAUUGUCCCUCAUUGUGCAAAUGCCUAUAUUAUAACCCUGAGAACGACUUACUGGAUUCUUGUGCUCGUGGUGUCCCAGGCACAGAUAGUUUUGAAUGCUGGUGUAUUUUUGACUGCGCCCCUCUUGGUCAUAAAACAGGAAACGGUCUAUGCACGGCUGAUGAAGAUAUAUGCAAGAGGCCAUAG